AUGUUGAAGAGUUCUUUUAAGCCUCUUCAGAGGUCUUCUUUACUGAUAAGAUGUGUAUCAAACUCAUCUUUUUAUUUACAAUCUGAAACCACUCCCACUUCAAAAACAGUAUAUGAACACAAAUUAUCACAUAAAGAAUUAAGAGAACAAGCUAUAGCUGAAGCAUUAGCUAGAGAAGAAGAAGCAAUUGAGAAAUCCAAAAGAAUAAGGGAAUUGACUGAAGAAACAAAAGAACUCAUUACAACUUUAAACAAAACCCCAACAACUUUAAUGAAAGAACGUAUAUCUAAAUUAAAUCAAGAUUUAUCAAAAAUUUCUCAAAAUAAAGUAAAACAAUUAGAUGAAGAAUUACGAGAUUAUAUGACAAAUAAUAUGAAAUUAACAAAUGAUAUACUAGCAAAUAGACCAUGGUUGAAACAACAAACAAAUCAACAAAAACAAAUUCAAGAUUCAAAACAACGUACAUCAACAUCAUCUUCAUCAAAUCAAUUUACAUCACAAUAUCCAAAUCUAAAACCAACACCUGAUUAUAAAGAUUAUUCACCACAAGAAUUAUAUUUAAGACAAUUAAAUUAUUUAAGAAGUUCUGGGAAUUUAGGAUCAAAAUUAGAAAAUAUAUAUAAACCACAAAAUGAUACUCAUAGACCUCCAAAAAUUUCAGAAACUACAAUUAAAAAUUUAAUGGCAGCAGGAUGUCAUUUAGGUCAUUCUACUUCUUCUUUCAAUCCUAAAUUUCAACCUUUUUUAUAUGGUACAUAUAAUGGAAUUCAUUUAAUUGAUUUAAAUCAAACUUUUAAUCAAUUAAAAUUAGCAUGUAAAAUAAUUGAAGGUAUAAUUGAAAAAGGUGGAAUUGUAUUAUAUGUAGGAACUCAUAAAAAUUGGUCAAUUCAAGAAUCAUUAGUUAAAGCAGCUGAAAGAUCUAAAAGUUAUUAUGUUUCCAAGAGAUGGAUUCCAGGAACAAUAACAAAUUAUUUAGAAGUUUCAAAACAAAUUAAAGAUCCAUUAAUGAAACAAACAAUAGAUAUGAAUGAUAAUCAAAUUCAUAUAAAUCAACAACAAAAUAAUUCAAUUAUAAAACCAGAUUUAGUUGUUAUAUUAAACCCUACAGAGAAUAAUAAUUGUAUAAAUGAAUGUAUUUCAUCAAAUAUUCCAACUAUAGGAUUAUGUGAUUCAAAUAUGAAUCCAAGAUUAUUAACUUAUCCAAUACCAUGUAAUGAUGAAAAUAUUCGUUCAGUUAAUCUUAUGUUAGGAAUAAUGUCAAAAGCUGGUGAAUCUGGUUUAAAUAAAAGAUUAAAUAUUAUAAAAAAAUUAAAAGAUGAAGAAAGACAAAUUUUAGAACAAUGA